AUGGACGGUGGCCAGACCUCUUCCAAUCCCGCCCCCGCUGGGAACUCCAGUGAUUUUGUACGCAAAUUGUACAAAAUGCUGGAGGACCCGACCUACGCGUCCAUCGUACGCUGGGGCGAUGAAGGAGAUAGUUUUGUGGUCUUGGAGUGUGAAAAAUUUACCAAAACUAUCCUACCGAAGCACUUCAAACACAGCAACUUCGCCAGUUUUGUGCGACAACUGAACAAAUACGAUUUCCACAAGGUGCGACAGAACAAUGAGGAGAACGGCCAGUCGCCGUACGGGCAAAAUGCAUGGGAAUUCAAGCACCCUGAAUUUCGCGCCAACAGCAAAGAGUCUCUCGACAACAUUCGACGUAAAGCACCCGCACCGCGCAAACAAACACAGAGCAACGAAGAAUCUGUGCCGACACAACAAAUUGACCUGCUUAACCAACAGAUUGUGGCCCAGCAGCAACAGAUUCAGCACCUCUCGGACCGUUAUGCCCAACUCUCGGUGGAUCAUCAGCUCAUGCUGCAGGAGGUCAUGCGCGUCCAGAAGACGGUGUUGAACCAUGAAAACGUGAUUCACCAGGUGAUGAAUUAUCUGCUUUCGAUGGAUCGCCAACGACGGGAUAGCAAGGCGGUGCCCUUCCAAGCGUCCGGGACGACAAUGAGCCCUUCCCAGGUUGGAGCCGUGGACGAUGAGCCCUCAUCGCCCCUACAGCAGGCCUCAAAGCUCCUAAGUGACAUGAACGCCGAGCUGCAAUUCAAUAUUAACGGCGCCGAUUCGAUGAACGAUCCCCAAAAGACCACUGUUGUUUCAACCCCUACAAUGGACCCGAAUGCGCGAAACGGCUCGCUCCGCCCAGCAAAUGUUGCGCCACCCAAUCCCAAUCAAGCUCAGCAGGCACAGGCACAGGCACAGGCUCUCGUUUACCCAAAGAUGGCUGGCGACUUGGAACAAGUGGUAUACCCCGUUGGUGCCACCAAUGGCAUCGAUCCCAUGUACAGCGAACACAUCAACAACGUCCCCUACCCAAUGCCACCCAAACAGGAAGUGGAUCCUUCAGACGCUCGUCGGCAAUUCCCCGACAACCGGAAGAAGACCAACAACGUUGAUCCUGGCUGGGUUCGCAGUCCCCAGAUCCUCUUGGUUGAAGAUGACGCCACUUGCAGGCAAAUUGGCGGGAAAUUUCUUUACUCUUUCUCCUGUGUGAUUGAUACAGCGUUCGACGGUUUGGAAGCUGUGAACAAAAUCCAGGGUGGCUCAAAAUACGAUCUUAUUCUGAUGGAUAUCAUAAUGCCAAAUUUGGAUGGUGUAUCGGCAUGUCAUCUCAUUCGCCAGUUUGACCGCACUCCUAUCAUCGCUAUGACAUCGAAUAUCCGAAGCGACGACAUUCAACUAUACUUUCAACAUGGCAUGGAUGAUGUUCUUCCCAAACCGUUUACUCGCAAAAGUCUUCUCGACAUGCUCGAGAGACACCUGGACCAUCUUAAGAUCUCUCCUCAAAAUCCCCCUGGGAUGGAGCAGGUACCGCCUUCUGCGACGGCUGUGAACCUCGCAACCGCCGCCCAAAACUCGGCGACCCAAUCGAUCAAGGAAGACAGUUCCCCAGGCCAGUCACCUGCCGGGUCUAUGAACAAUUGGCAAUCGCCCGGUCAAUUCCAAAACAUGCAGGCUGUACCAACGAACAUGCCCGCAGUUCAAGGCCCAUACGUCACCGCCCCACCGACGGCAUAUACUGUUGAUCAGAACGGCGUCCAAUAUCCUGCACCACCUCCCGUGGGAGUCCCCACCGCGGGCGCUCCUGUCCGUCCUCCACAUCGCCGUCAGAUUUCAGACAUGUCCAGCGCUACAGACAACCCCAACAUGCCCAAGCGCCAGCGCAUGUACUCACAACCUCAGCCUAUGCUUGCCAUGCAAGCUGGCCGACCCGGCUAA